AUGGCUGAUGCAGAGCUGGAGGAGAUCAGGCGAGCUCGCCUUGCCCAGCUUCAGCAGGGUGGUUCGAGAGGAGGUGGCCAGGGCCCUAGCCAAGAGGAAAAGAGACAAGCUGAAUCCGACCAACGUUCUUCUAUCAUGAGCCAAAUCUUGGAUCCCGCUGCCGCUGACCGUCUCGGACGAAUUCGCCUGGUUAAAGAAUCGCGCGCAGUUGACAUCGAAAACCGCCUUAUCAUGCUCGCCCAGUCCGGACAACUGCGCCAGAAGGUGACUGAGGACCAACUUAAGGAUCUUUUGAACGCUGUGGCCGAGAACACACGCAAGGAGGAAGAAGAACAAAAAAUCGUGAUUAGUCGGCGCAAAGGCGGCUGGGAUGAUGACGAUGACGAUCUGUUCGACCUAUGA